UUACUUUCGCUUUCGGUAUUUAGAGAGUGAUACUUUACGGCCUCCAUAGUUAUAAAUCGAUAUCUGGGGAAGAGUUCGCCUGCUUGCUGCAAACAGAAUCAUCACCUUUUAUCUAACAAAAGAUGGAAUUAAAAUCAUAUAUUCUGAUUUGUGUGAUAGCUUAUGUAGCAGUUGUACAUAACGCCGAAGCUGGUUGCAAAGAUGAUUUAAUGGCGGCAAACAAGGCUUGUUUUGAUAGUUACAAUACGUAUCUUGCAAACCUUGGCCAAAGCGGGGCAGAUUCUUCACAAAUCAUGGUGAAACUAUGCACAGACGAGGGAAAAGCAGCCUGGAGUUGUCUAAAACCUCUUCUCGACAAAUGUCAGGAGCUGAAAGGUGAUGCCAGAUUUCAGGUGUUUUCUAUACUUGAAACAAGUGGUGGAUGUGACGUAAUGAAUCCCUCUG